AUGCAUCGUACCUCAAAACGUGCCAACUCCAGCGCUGCCACGAUUCACCACCAUCGUCAUGCUCCUCGCACUGUGGAUGUAGAUGGCAGACAUAAGCGUGUCUGGAAGGCUUGCGAAAGAUGUCGAGUGAGAAAGACCAAGUGUGAUGGUGAGUUUCCCUGCAAGCGAUGCAAGGACGAUGGUUUGGUCUGCACUGCAACCAUCAGAAAGACGAAGUAUAAGCAGCUGCCGCAAGGAUACGCCGAAGUCCUCGAGAACACCCAAUUUGCUUUCAUCGCUACCAUCCACAAGCUCUAUUCGAUGAUCCUAAACAACCAGCCCUGGGAGUUAGGCGAACCUGAACUGAACAACCACGGCCAACCCGUAAUACACAGCAUUGCUCAGAAGCUGGGAUGCAUCAGACCUCAGAGCGAUGCCGAGCUCUCCGUGCAUUCGGUAUUUCCCGAAACCGAAGCCAGUUUGUCUGAGCCGGCCCCCCAACUCGAGGGCCAGCAGGAUGAUAAUGGCAAGCAAAUGGAAGAUAAGGACGCGGACGGUUCCGUGUGUGACCGAACCGACCGGGCGUCAUUGUCGCCUCAGACCCUUACCAACAACACCAGUGACUUCGUUUUUGCCCCUCCACUCCCCGAUAUUGAUGCGGCGGCCAAAUGCCCUCCACAGUCGCCCUUAAUGUCCAGCUUCCCCGCCUGGCUCAUUACUGGCAAGUCCCAGCUCAGCAACCUGACCAUGCAGUUCAUGCAGCAACCUAACUCCUUGAACAAUGUCGACCUACGGCACCAGAGACUUGUCGGGUCCCAGAUUAGCACCAUCAGUCCUCAUGUCCUGUCGUGCCGCAACCCCGAAGUCAUGAUGGGCGUGGAAGAUGCCACGACCUACUUUACAUACGACGGCGAAUACACGCGACAACGGCCAUGGCUUGGGGGCUUAAUAGGAGAUUACAGAUGA